GCUGCAUGAGAAUAUAUUUGGCUAUAUUAGUCAUUUCGAACAUGAAGGCGUGGUGCAGUAGUGACGGAGUAGCCUCCCCUUGAUCAUUUACAACAUUUCCAACAUGGCGACGGCCAGUCCACUUCCGUAACUCACCGAAGAGUGAAAACACGAAUAUGUCGGAAAGAAAGUUCCGCCAAGGCCUGACCAAGGUUGGGGAGGCGGCCAAGAUCAGAGAGAGUGUUGCCGCGCAGAUGAAAGAGAGUAUAAUCCAGCAAAGACCAAAGACAGUUGCUCCAGUAGAUUAUGAAAACUAUGUGACAAAGAACAAAGCCAUUCUCCACAAUGACCCACAGAGGGAAAUGCUCACAUUCCCUCAUGACGAUGUCGUCAUUCCACCUCCCACCCCUGCCAAGAAGAUGCGAACAGUCCAGAGUAGUGUGCCCGAGUCUGCCGCACAGGAGGCCACCAGUCUGCUGGUCUGUGAGGCCAUCAAGUCCUACACUGACAGCUGUCACAUGGUCAAAUACAAGUAUAGCAAGUACUCCGGCUCCUACCAACAGUUACCAUGUGUGAAGAACCCAGAUCCGCUACCUAAGCAUGUGUUUGAAGUAGAUGCAGAGGAAGAAGAAAAAGAAGAUGAUCUGUCCAAUAGAAGCUCCAUGGCAACCACAAUCGCCAAGGCAGGGUGGCUGUUUAAGGGGCCAGACGGGGGCAAGGAGAACAUCAUCAGUUUCACAAGGCAAUUUAAGCGGCGGUUCUUUGCCCUCAAACAAGAAUCUGACUUUUCCUAUGUGAUGAACAUCUACAAAGAUGACAAGAAGCUAGAAACUAAGGGAGCAAUAUUUUUGGACCUAGCAACAGAGGCGUGCAAGAAUCCUAAGAAGGGCAAGUACUGUUUUGAGUUGCGGAUGCAGGAGAAAGCUUCCUACUCGUUUGCUGCUGAAAAUGACACAGAGUGUAACGCUUGGAUACAGACCCUAAACAAAGUUAUCAAUGCUGCUGAGACAGCCUCCAAUGUCUCAAUGGACAGGAUCAAAGAAGAGAUGAGUACCCCUGAAAAGUCCAGUGAUAAGAUUGAGCACAGCAUGCACCCAGAACUACAGAAGUAUGGCCGGGAGACAGACUCAACAUUAGCCAAAUCCAGACAAGAGGGGAGACAGAAUUUGUUUAGAGUGUAUCCUUAUAUGAAUAGGUAUGUAAUAGAUGACGAGGAUGAAGAGGAAGAUGGCGACGCGAUAGCUGUGUACCCUCCUCAAUACCGGGAACGAUUCAUGCUACGAUUGCUGGACUUCAAGCUCAAGCUCCAGUUCAAUCUUGGCGAAGAGUUGAAAUGUGGAAAUAAAUUCUGUAAUCCGGAGCCAUUCUUUUUGACCUUCUGUCUUUAUGAUGCUAAAGAGGGGAGGAAGAUAUCUGAGGAUUUCCACAUGGACCCCAAUGACCCACAAAUAAAAGAAAUGAUUCCCUCCGAUGUUAUCCAUGCCUCUGACCGCCUACAUACAGUGGUGGGGAAAACUACCUCUCCGGACCUGUGGGGGCUGGAGGACAAGUGGAUCCUAGCUCAGAACAGACAGGGUGUGUUUUCGGUGAUCUGCUGUCAUUCUGAGGUAUACCUGUUUGUGAGGAUAGAAAAGGUGUUACAGGGCCCACUGUCCCAGGCCACUGAAGCGUACGUCAAGGUGGGCGAGCCAAGUCGUAACGCCACCAAACAGUACAAACAGAUGAAACAACUGUGCAAUAACAUAGGACAUUAUCGAAUGCCGUUCGGUUGGGCGGCAAGACAACUGGUGUCAUCUAAGUAUGGUCCGACUGAGCUUAAGGUCUACAGACACGAGGGGUCAAAACUAUCGGAAGAAGAUAUCAUCAAACAUCUUCAAGAUCUCAGAAAACCAGAAAAACAGGGGAAACUACAGGAAAUUCCAGCUACAUUUAAAAUCAGUCUCCACAAACUCGGUGUUGACCAGCCUCUGUCAAAUUCAUUAACAGCAUCACUGAUGCCCGUGAAACCGUUCCCUAAGCCACCCCCAGACCCCCCUGCGGUGGAGAUUGACGAGUUCGUGCCAGACAAGGGACACUUAUGUGACACCUUCGACAGCUACACAAAUAACCUGUAUGUCUACCCCUUCAGUCUCAAGUACGAACAUCAGAAAUCCUUCCCUAAGGCACGUAACAUAUCUUGUUGUGUCGAAGUUCGGGACUCGGAUGAGGAUGGAGCCAUUCCGUUAAAGUGUAUCUAUGCGCGGCCAGAGAUUGGGAUUUAUACUACAGUGUCCAGUACCGCUGUGCUACACCACCAGACCAUGCCAGACUUUCUGGAGGAGAUGAAGAUAGCCUUACCCAUACAGUUAACUGACCGUCAUCAUCUACUGUUCCGCUUCUACCACGUCAGCUGUGAGGGGUCAAAGUCCAGUAUUCGGUCAUCCAAUACGUCACAGAAAAAGAAGGAUAACAUUGAAAGUCCUGUGGGAUUUUCCUGUCUACCCAUUCUCAGUAGUGGACGAGUGGCGGUCGGCGAACAGAUGCUACCAGUUACAGUAAACCUUCCUCCUGGCUACCUGUCACACGAAGCAUUGGGAGGAACACGAGGGUCGUCUGGUCCAGAUUUGAAGUUUGUGGAUGGUGGAAAAUGCAUCUUUAAAAUAAAAGUUCAUCUCAUGUCAACAGUUUACACAAAGGACCAACAUCUACAUAACUUCUUUUACCACUGUCAAAAGAUGGAGAACUCCCUAUCCUCUGGGGUCGACCACGAAAGUCUCAACAAACUCAAGUCCCUUCAUGCCUCCGAUGUCAGCACCUACGUUAAGUUCCUGCCAACCAUUCUAAACCAGCUGUUCUCCCUCCUGUCAAAGACAGAGUGUGAGGACGUAGCGGUCAACGCGGUCAAAGUGCUGGUACAUAUUGUGUCAGAAGUGAAUGCUGCAGAAAGAAUCAAGGCACUGAGAAAUUAUGUCAAAUAUGUGUUCAAACCUGGGCGUGUCCCGCGGGGAAGUAAACAGCGGACCGUCCACGAAGAACUGGCCAAGCACUUAACCCAGAUCCUCCAGCCAUCCAUGGCUGACCACUUAGUGGUCACCAAGUUCCUGCAACAUUCAUGGUUCUUCUUCGAAACCCUCAUCAAGAGCAUGACUAUGUACCUCAUAGACCUGGACAGAAUCAAGAUGCCGAGAAAUGAGCGGUUCACUAGUGACUACCAGUUUCGUAUCGAACGACUUCUACAGACCUUGGCACCGAACAUCAUACAGAAACAUCGAGAGAUGCCGCGGGAAACAAAAAGUGCCAACCUCAGUCUGGCCAACUUUGUCAAGAUGUGUUUUACACUGAUGGACCGAGGGUUUGUGUUCCGACUGAUCAGCAGCUAUCUAGAGAACUUCGGACCUGGAGAUUCCAAGACGCUGCAGGAAUGUAAAUUUGACUUCCUGCGGACAGUGUGCAGCCACGAACACUACAUCCCAUUGUCUCUUCCUCUCAUGAGGAAAGGAAUGAUUAAGACAUUCAAAGACAUCAAACUGGAAGAUCUUAAAUGUGACUACACAUUAUCGGAUGAAUACAGAAAACAACAUUACCUGGCCGGUCUGGUACUACAGGAGCUAAAGACAGCACUCAACGAGCCACGCGAGAUACGCCGUAUGGCCAUCACAGUCCUCCGCGACCAGCUCGCCAAACAUUCAUUUGAUGACCGCUACCUCUCUAAGACCCAGCAGGGGAGGAUUGCAGCCCUUUAUCUUCCCGUCAUAUCCAUCCUGAUGGAACAGAAGAGACACCUGAUGGACGACCCUGCGAAUCCCUCCGUACCCCCACCUACAAUCACUAACGGUGACGCGUCGGGGAGUACCAAGGCAGACCUACGAUCUCACACCUCUCAGUCCGGUCAGAAAACGGUCACUUUUGACCAGCGUGACUCCAAGGUGUUCGCUAUGAUAGCUGGAACAGGUGCCCCCGUACUAAGUUCAGUGCCGGACCUUAAGAACCAUCUGAGUGGAUCCAACAGCUCACUGACCAGUAGUACGUCGUCCAUGGAUCGGUCAGAAAAGGAUGGCAGUAAAAAGUCAGAUACUGCACGCGACAAGAAAGGUGACAAAGGCCACACGCGAGUACACUCGUCAGGAUCAAGUGUCGGAACAGACAAGGGGUCAGCUCCGUCUCCUAAACCUGCCAUGAUGCUGAAAUACCAGCGAUUGGACAUCAAGGAGAUUAAGGACCUCCUUCUGUGUUUCCUGUACAUCCUGAAACACCUCCCUGACGACAUCCUCCUUGGCUGGUUCAAUAAUUCUUCAGAGUUUGACAUAAUAGAUUUCUUCGGUAUUUUGGAGGUUUGUUUGACACACUUUAAAUACCAGGGAAAGAAGAAGAUCCAUGACCUCAGUUUCAUAGGAGACAGCAGAAAGGCAUCCACCAUGCCCUACGCACGACGCUCAACUCCCAGCGUGGUCAGCAGCACGUUCCAGCUGCGCACAGUCAGCCAGUAUGGAGAUAUCCCAGACAGUCCACAUCAUGGUGGGGCGUCAUCCGAUGGGGACGCUGUGAUGAAAGCGCUACAGGAGGCAAACAUGACAACAGAAAUCGGUCUCAUCUUCCUCGACCUCCUUAGCACAUACUGCCAAACUUUCAAGAGAAAUUUGGAACACAAAGACGGAGACAACAGUUUGAUGAGAAAGAUCUUCAGUCUAUAUCUGUCCUUCUUACAAACCAGUCAGUCCGAACAUCUCCAGAAACACGUGUUCGCUGCCUGGCGCUCAUUUAUCAAAAAGUUCCCUUCCGUGUUGUUCCGGGGACAGGCCAGUCUGUGUGGAGACCUUUGUUAUGAGGUCCUGCGGUGCUGCAACUCAAAACUCUACUCCACGCGGAAGGAAGCAUGUGCUCUGCUGUACCUCCUGAUGAGGGCCAACUUUGAGUACACGAAAAAGAAGAGCUUCACCCGUGUCCAUUUACAGGUGAUAAUCUCAGUGUCAAAGCUCCUUGGAGACGAAGUUGGCCUUAGCAACUCGCGUUUCCAGGAGAGCCUCGCAAUGGUGAACAGCUAUGCAUCCAGUGACCGGGCAAUGCAGGGUGAUGGAAAAGGUCGGAAACGUGGACAGAGGACAGAGGACACAUGGAAUUUUUUAAUGGUGGGCGGAAUAUGGAAAAAUACAACGGAGCGCAAAAGUGGAUUUCCGGCUGAAGUAAAAGAUCUCACAAAACGAAUCCGAACAGUUCUCAUGGCAACUGCUCAGAUGAGAGAGCACGAAAACGACCCUGAAAUGCUGAUAGACUUACAGAACAGUUUAGCCAAGUCAUACGCCAGCACGCCAGAGCUUCGGAAAACGUGGCUUGACUCCAUGGCAAAAAUUCAUUUUAGAAAUUCAAAUUACUCCGAGGCGGCCCACUGUUAUAUCCACAUAGCCGCUCUCAUAGCUGAGUACCUGAGACGUAGAGCUGCAAUACCGUGUAUAGCUGGGGAAGUGUUAUGGACAGAGGGUUGUUUUCCCCAGGGUUGUGCAGCGUUUAAAACAAUCUCUCCGAACAUAGAACUGGAGGAAUCGGGGAUCAAGGAUGACUCGGGCAUGCAGGAUGUCCAGUAUACAGAGGAAACUAUGGUGCAGUUCCUUGAGCAAGCUGUCAAUGCUAUGGAGCUGGCAGAACGAUACGAAAUCCUCGGGGAAAUUUACCGACUCAUCAUUCCAAUCUACGAAUUCUCACGUGACUACGAGCGCCUAUCGGCAGGGUACACCCACCUGGCCAAUGCGUACAGCAAGGUAGUGGAGGUGACGGCCUCGGGUAAACGUCUCCUCGGCAAAUACUUCCGGGUAGCCUUCUACGGUCAGUCGUUCUUUGACGAGGAAGAUGGGAAGGAAUAUCUGUACAAGGAACCCAAGGUCACCAGUCUCGCGGAGAUCUGUGAGCGCCUCGAAAAAAUGUAUGGCGAGAAAUACGGCCGUGACAAUGUCCAACUGAUCAAAGAUUCCAAACAGGUAAAUCCUGCGGAGCUGGACACUAAGUUUGCCUACAUCCAGGUGAUACAUGUAACACCGUACUUCGAGGAUAAGGAGCUACAGCGCCGUGUGACAGAAUUUGAAAAGAACAAUAAUAUAAAAAGAUUCAUGUUUGAGACCCCAUACACAGAAAAUGGGAAAGCUCACGGCGAAAUCCAUGAGCAAUGUAAACGGAGGACUAUACUCACGACCUCCCACGCAUUCCCAUUUGUGAAAAAGAGGAUAGAAAUUGUAGACCGGAGGGAGAUGAGGCUCAGCCCCAUAGAAGUCGCUAUCGACCAGAUGCAGUCAAAAGUUAUUGACAUGAAAGAGGUUGUCAACUUGUCGCGGCCUGACUCGAAAAAACUCCAACUCCGUCUCCAAGGCAGCGUCAGUGCACAGGUAAAUGCUGGUCCAUUGGCCUAUGCCCAGGCCUUUCUGGGGAAGGGGAAGACAGGAGAUCACGUUGACUCGCUCAAGGAAGUGUUUAGGGAGUUUGUAAGUGUGUGUAAUGAUGCACUUGACCUCAAUGUGACAUUAAUAACGACGGAACAGAAGGAAUACCACGAGUCUCUUUGUGCAGGCUUCCAGGAAAUCGUCACAAAGCUCUCGGAAUUAUUUGGAGAAAAGAUCCUGACCUCCACUGAAGCGGGAUCCCUGUCCCAGCGAGGAUCCAUGACUGUGUUUAACAUUGUCAGCACGACCUCCAGCACCAGUUCUGCAUGACUAAGGAUCUGUUACCAUGACAACAAAGGUCAAGUUUCCGGACAGGGGUCAAGUUCCACUUGAAACUUUACUGCACUUAUCUGGAGACAAUACUGUGAAAAAUAGUGAUACGUUUGUAGAGACAGGAAGGAUUGUUAAACAUUGCAUAUCUAUUGAAGAAAAGGUUGAACUACUUAAUAUAACUUAUUGAAAUGACGAAUAUGUACAACGUUAUCAUUCAUUCAAUCCAGAUGAUGAAGACAUUGUUUUGGUAGGAGAGACAAAUUGUUGUUUGGAUCAGUGGUAACAUUUGUGACAUCAAAAAAACAGAAAAUGCUCUUUUACUGACAGCCAAUGAAUCAACACAAGUUUGCUAUGUCGUAAUACACAACAAAUAAUAAGCCAAUCAGAUAGUAGCCUACUAACAGAACUAACCAAUCAGAUGUAAUGAUAUAUACAGUAUGUACAUAAGAUUACAGGUUACACAGUUGCCAUGGUAACAGGAAGUGAAAACAUCAAAAUUCUAAUUAUACACAAUGUUGUAAUCAGUAUGCGACUGACUUUGAUGUUUAAAUAUUUUGUAAGCUUGGAAUUUCGUGACAUGUUUUGAGUAAUUAAGUGCAUAUGUAUAAUCUAUGUGUAAAUGAAACCUCACAAAGUGUUGUUUGGCAUAUGGUGCUUUGGUCUGUGAGAAGUUCAAUGCUUAGCAGACAUUUCUGCAUAUAUAUCAAAAUUAAACGUCCUUAAGUUUUAUAAGACAAAUUUUGUUAUGAUUUUAUUGCUUUAUUUUGAAAUCUUUGUUGAAGGAGUAAAUCUAAGCCUGGGUAGAUAUCUUUGUACCGUAUUCGCCUUAAAUAGCCUCCCUGGCACUGCACAUUAGAUAUUUUAGGAGGGUUGAAGUCAAGCCUUUUCAAAAACUUCACCUUUUUGUAAACAAAACUUAAAGAUUUUCAUGUGUGUUUCAGAAAUAUUUCACUUAGUUAUCAAGACUAGUUUGAAAGAUUUUGUGUUGUCCUAUUUCUGUUCUCCAAAUUUCUCCUAGUUUUCCCCUGGGUUUACUGUGUGUUUAACUCACUUUCUGUCUCUGUCUGUUGAAAGCUAAUAAUCAAAAUGUCUUGAAACCAAUAAUUAAAAUAAGAAUUUAAUGUGAGUUUAUUUGAUGAAUUGCUUCACGUGUAUUUAAUGCAAUCUGUUAAGUUUUAUAAGUAUGCCAUGUCUGACUUUACCUCAAAUUUCAAAUAACGCAAUCAAUGUGAUAACAAAACACUCACUAUUUUUUUUAUCAUUUAGAUGUAGUUGUCUCCCUUUGACUGUUUAGAUGUAGUUGUCUCCCUUUUACUGUUUAGAUGUAGUUGUCUCCCUUUGACUGUUUAGAUGUAGUUGUCUCCCUUUUACUGUUUAGAUGCAGCUGUAGUACACAAAGAAGGGUCCAGGUGUGCAGCUUUCCAUUAGACUGGCUUGACUGUUCCUUUUCAUUAGGACGUGAAAGCAAAGAAACAUAUAUCAAAGAUUACAGAUAUCAAUUUGAACGAAAUAGAUUGAACAGUUUUACCAAUCUAAUAGAAAGUUACUUGAUUAACUGCAAUUGUCAGUAAAUUUCAUGUUUGUUUAGAAUUUUACUUCACAUUGUAUUAUACAUAGGAGUUGUGUGCUCCUUCUAGUAUUAGUGAUAUUACCAUAAAACAUGUCUUUACACAGGCUCUUGGUUUAUUUACAAGUACACAAAAUUCAUGUGCCAACUUCAAUUUUCAAUUUUCUCUGCUCAAGCUUCAAAAUCUUUUUAUUUCUUAAGUUUAUGGUAAGCUUAAAUUUGAAGUAAAAAUUACAAUGAUUGAUAUUGAUGAUCUAAUUUUUUGAGAAUAUUCACUAUAAUGCGGUUAGAAUGUUUGUGUAAGAAGGCCCAUAUCGUGAACUUAUAUUUAAUGUUCUAACUUUAUGAGAGAAAGAAGUUUUAAUCUUAAUUGUUGACUAAUAAAUGUUUGGUGUCGCUUGUAGGGUUAUUAUUACUUCCCAAAAAAUACAUCUAGGAACCCUCUGGUCAGUUCAGCUAGGAGCUUGCUGGUCACUCCAUCUAAGAGCCCUCUGGUUGGUCUAGCAAGGAGCUUGUGGGUCACUCCAUCUAGGAGCCAUCUGGUCAGUUCAGCCAGGAGCAUGCAGGUCACUCCAUCUAGGAGCCCUCUGGCCGGUCUAGCCAGGAGUUUGCCGGUAGCUCCAUCUAGGAGCCCUCUGGCCGGUCUAGCCAGGAGUUUGCCGGUAACUUCAUCUAGGAGCCCUCUGGCCGGUCUAGCCAGGAGUUUGCCGGUCACUCCAUCUAGGAGCCCUCUGGCCGGUCUAGCCAGGAGUUUGCCGGUAACUUCAUCUAGGAGCCCUCUGGUUGGUCUAGCCAGGAACAUGCAGGUCACUCCAUCUAGGAGCCCUCUGGUCGGUCAAGCCAGGAGCGCUCCGGUCAGUCUCCAGGAGCUUUCCGGUCACUCCAUCUGGUCAUCUAUAAUAAAGUUGUUGAGUGUUUGGGAAUAGUUUGAGCUUUUUCUAUGCACAGCACUUUUCUGAGUGAUCCAACAGUUCCAGUGAUCCAGCAGUUCCAGUGAUCCAGCGGUUUCAGUGAUCCAGCGGUUCCAGUGAUCAGCGGUUCCAGUGAUCCAGCGGUUCCAGUGAUCAGCGGUUCCAGUGAUCCAGCAGUUCCAGUGAUCAGCGGUUCUAGUGAUCCAGCGGUUCCAGUGAUCCAGCGGUUUCAGUGAUCAGGGAUUCCAGUGAUCCAGUGAUCCAGCGGUUCCAGUGCUCAAGCGGUUCCAGUGAUCCAGCGGUUCCAGUGUUCAGCGGUUCCAGUGAUCCAGCGGUUCCAGUGAUCCAGCGGUUCCAGUGAUCAGCGGUUCCAGUGAUCAGGGGUUCCAGUGAUCCAGCGGUUCCAGUGAUCAGCGGUUCCAGUGAUCCAGCAGUUCCAGUGAUCAGCGGUUCUAGUGAUCCAGCGGUUCCAGUGAUCCAGUGAUCCAGUGAUUCCAGUGAUCUAGCGGUUCCAGUGAUUCCAGUGAUCCAGUGAUUCCAGUGAUCCAGCGGUUCCAGUGAUCCAGCGGUUCCAGUGAUCCAGCGGUUCCAGUGAUCAGGGGUUCCAGUGAUCCAGUGAUCCAGCGGUUCCAGUGCUCAAGCGGUUCCAGUGAUCCAGCGGUUCCAGUGAUCCAGUGAUCCAGCGGUUCCAGUGAUCCAGUGGUUCCAGUGAUCCAGCGGUUCCAGUGAUCCAGUGAUCCAGUGAUUCCAGUGAUCCAGCGGUUCCAGUGAUCCAGUGAUCCAGUGAUUCCAGUGAUCCAGCGGUUCCAGCGGUUCCAGUGAUCCAGCGGUUCCAGUGAUCCAGUGAUCCAGCGGUUCCAGUGCUCAAGUGGUUGCAGUGAUCAGGGGUUCCAGUGAUCCAGUGAUCCAGCGGUUUAAGUGAUCCAGCGGUUCCAGUGAUCCAGCGGUUCCAGUGAUCAGGGGUUUUCUUCCGAGACCUUUCUAGAGGUUAAUAAUGUAAAUUGUACCAGUUGUUGUCAUCUAUUUGUGGUUAUCUCUGUCAAAUUUGUACAUAAAUGAAUUCGGUUAAAAUGUGCUUUGCUAGAUAUUUUUUUGGAAUUUAGAAGUUUUUUCUUUACUUAAGUAUACAUAUAUAUAUAUAUGAAACAGUCUGAUGCUGUUGGUGUACUUGAUUGUCAUAGAAACGAAUUGUCUUCCAUGUAUAUUACAAAGUAUGGUGCAGGCCAAGAAUCUGCAUUACAGAGUAUGUUUCGUUGGCCCUGAAUCUGUAUUAUAUCGUACAACACAGGCCGCAAAUCUGUAUUACAGAAUAUUGCACAGGCCCUGAAUCUGUAUUACAGAGUAUUGCACAGGCCCUGAACAUUUAUGACCAAUAGGGUGAAACUUAUCUUUGAAUUUAUCACCACAGAUAAUCCUAAUAAUAUAUAUUUUGGGAAAUUAAAAUAUGUUUUUUGUGUCACCUGCAAAGUAAAAGUGACCUAAUGGGAUCACUUCUAGUCCACCAGCAUCAUCUGCUGAAGUGGUUGUCAUGGGAUUGAAGGAGUGAUGUGACUUUCACAAAUUAUUUUUUACAUACCUAUAAUAUCAACCACCCAAAACUGGAAAUCAAGAUGGCUACCAGCAGCCAUCUUGGAGAUUGUGAAAAAUCAAAUGAUUUCCUUUCAUUAACCCUUGAAGGGAUGCUCAGAUUUUCAUGAAACUAUCUAUUAAUCACUUAAGUUCAAUUUUGACCCAAAUCUGAAAAUAAACAUGGCCGCCAGCUAGGGCUGGAUACACAUCCACUUCUGUGAAAUUCUUGUUUUAGAUAGUAGACUUCGGUUUUUUUUUAUCUUUAAAGCGUCAGUAAAAAGUUGUAUUGCUUGUUUUUCCAUUGGUACAAUGAAUCUGUGAUUUUAAUGAAGCUGUACUAGAAAAAAAGGGAUGAUUUUGAUGACAAAGUUGCUGUUAACUGUUAUAGUAUGUGUAUACAUUGUUGUAUAGGAUGGCCAAGCCUUUUGUAUCUGAUGUGCCUUUUCUUUGUUAAACAAACUUUUAUUUAUAACUUCCAGGAUUUUGCAUUUAUUGGAAACACAUCCCAAUAGUCGGAUUUAAAAACUACUGACCCAGAUUGUACUUUGGUAUCUCUGAACUGUGAUAACGUUUGAAGAUUCUUUAACUCAUUCACCCCUUAAGACACAUUUGAACUCUUCCAAUUUAAAGGUUGGAAUAGUUCAUUAUGAAGUUUCAGGGGUGAACGAGUUUAAGCUCAAGGUAUACUUAUUAUCCCUAAUAAUUCACCUGCUUAUCUAUGUAAUUACGUGUGUUCCUUAUCAUGAUAGAACCAGUCCAAGUGAGUCAUCAGUCGCAAACAUACUGUAUGUGCUUCUGUAAAAAUAUCAUGAUAAAAAUACGGUAUUUCAUGGUGUGUGUGUGCAAAGAUUUCCAACACCUGCCUAUUGUUGAAGACUCUACACCAGGAAACUUUUGCCCAGGCAAUUUUUCGCCCUUCACUGGUAUAAUCCAUUUUAGCGCAGUGUUAUUUUUGCCCUUCACACAUUAUUUUGUUUAGUAUGUUGUGUACCUAUUUUCAUCCUUUGUGAUAAAUUCGUCCUCAUUUAAAUUUUUGCCCUUUGCCCAUGAAAUCAGUUUUCACCCAGAGUUAAGUUUGCCCUUCACAUUUAAAUACUAUGUUUAUUAUGCUGUUUAUUUAUAUUCACUGUAACGAUAAAUUUGAUAAAAAAGCAAAAAAACUAAACUGAAGUGAAGAUGUCCUGGUAUACAGUAGCUGAUUAGACUUGAAAGUUUGUUAAUGUUCCGGUGAACAAGUAAAUAAUGUUAUGUAGGUUCUAGAUCUAUAUCUUUACAAAAUAUCUUUGUUUUGUAAAAUGUAUGUUUAUGCAAAUUAAUGUGUUAGGUACUUCAAAAAUUAAUGUCGCUUUUAUAAAUACACAUAUGAGUCCUAAAUGCGCUGGUGUAUCAUUUUCAUUAUCAAUUUUUAUCAGGAGGUUGAAAUUUCAACACAGGAAUUCCUAUUUAUAGAUUAUAAGCCAAUAUGUAGGGUUAUAUUUUGGAUGACAGAAUCAAUAUUUGUUAUGUCACUGCAUUCUGUAUAUUAUUAUUAUAAGGGAUUAAUAUAUUCAUGAAAAAUUCACCUAUCACUUUCCCUCUUGUUGGAACUCUUGAGGACCCAGAACCAUAAUUUCUUGUGUAAUGCCUGCUCCGUUAUAUAUUGCCCA